GGUGUGUAUUACUACACAAAAAACAGUAACACUAUUUACGAGUAAUAUUUAUAAAUACAAACACCGAUCGCAUUGAGAAAUAACAGUAAAAAUCAAAUUUAAUUACAAUUUAAUUGAAUAACAAUAAUGUGAUUACAAUACCACUCAUACGCUAACCAUCCGUUUAAUUACAACCAAAAAAAGUUAAUUAAAAGUCUCUGAAAACCAAGUGAUUGCUCACCACAGCGGCGGCCACCACCACAUCGCCAUCACCUUCAAUGGCAAACAUUUUGAAUCUGAUCCGCAAUCCGGCGCUGAUCUCCAAGACGUUACCGCCGCUACUGUCGGCGCCCAAGAGUCACGUGCUUAGCACGUGCUGUACCGCCGACUAUACGACAACACCCGCAACAGUGAUUGGCCCGCAAUCGGAGGGUCGAUCACCACCACUGCUAUCGCUGAACGGACACCACCACCACCAGCAUCAGCACCGGUACCCCCACUCACUACUACAAGUGAAUGGCGUCGAGCACCGGUACGUCCAGCGUCGAGGUAUGGCCAAGAAGUGGUUCCCUGACAAGGAGUACUUCAAGGAGUUCGAGGGCGAGACGAUCGCCUACUCGGACGACAAGUGUCUGGUGCCGGACGACAGCGCCCGGUGGGAGGGCUGGGAGUCGGAGAUACAGCACCGGCGGCCCAUUGAGCGCCACGUGCGCAACAUUGUCCUCAACUUCGGGCCCCAACACCCGGCCGCUCACGGCGUGCUCCGACUGGUGCUGGAGCUGAAGGGGGAACUGGUGCUGCGGGCCGACCCCCAUAUAGGGCUCCUGCACAGGGCGACCGAGAAGCUCAUGGAGUAUAAGACGUACACACAGGCGCUCCCGUACAUGGAUAGGUUGGACUACGUGUCCAUGAUGUGCAACGAACAGUGCUAUUCGCUGGCCAUUGAGAAUAUGCUGGGCCUACAGGUGCCCAUACGGGCGCAGUAUAUCAGGGUAAUGUUUGCGGAGAUCACGCGUAUACUGAACCACUUGAUGGGCAUCGGGACCCACGCCCUGGACAUCGGGGCACUCACGCCCUUCUUCUGGCUCUUCGAGGAGAGAGAAAAACUCAUGGAGUUCUACGAGCGGGUGUCGGGCGCCCGUAUGCACGCCGCGUACGUACGCCCGGGCGGCGUCUCCCAGGACCUGCCCAUUGGCAUAAUGGACGACAUAUGGCGGUGGGCCGACCAGUUCCCCGAACGGGUGGACGAAGUGGAGGACCUGUUGACGGAUAACCGGAUAUGGAAGGCCCGGACGGUGGACGUGGGCGUCAUCAGCGCCGAGGAUGCCCUCAAUUGGGGGAUGAGUGGCGUUAUGCUGAGAGGGUCCGGCAUUAAAUGGGAUUUACGUAAAACACAGCCGUACGACCGGUACGAGGACUUCGACUUCGACGUACCCAUCGGUCUCAAAGGGGACUGUUAUGAUAGAUACUUGUGCCGAAUCGAGGAAAUGCGACAGUCGAUACGCAUAAUACUCCAGUGCCUGAACCGUAUGCCGGCCGGUGAGGUGCGCGCCGACGACAACAAAGUGGUGCCGCCGUCGCGCCGGGAGAUGAAGUCCUCGAUGGAGGCGCUCAUCCAUCACUUCAAGCUCUUCACGGAGGGCUACAGCGUGCCGGCGGGCGCCACCUAUACGGCGGUGGAGGCGCCCAAAGGCGAGUUCGGCCUCUAUAUGGUGAGCGACGGGAGUUCCCGGCCCUACCGGUGCAAGAUUAAGGCGCCGGGCUUUGCGCACCUGUCGGCGCUCGACUACAUGGGCAGGGGUUUGCUGUUGGCCGACAUCGUCGCCAUUAUAGGUACGAUGGAUAUCGUGUUCGGCGAAGUGGACCGUUAG